AAAUAUAUUUCAAAGAACUAGAAAGGACAAAAGAGUAAAUAGACAGAACCGUCAACUUCCUAUAAACAUAAAAAAACAGUUAAUUUUCAAAGCGGGGAGGAGAGGAGAAACAGAGAAGAGAAACUCAGAAAGAAAAAGAAAAGGGAAUUAAACCAAUUGGCAGUUUGCCGGGAAAGUCACACAAAACAACUCCGGCAUUCUGCCAAAGAAUAAUUAAACAAAAAAAAGAAGAUUGGUUCUCUGAUUCCAUUUUCUGGGAUCAGAGGAUCAUUAAUUUCAUCCCCUUCUCACCCUUCCCAUUUCACCUUUUUUUUUAAAAAACUUUUUGCAUGUAUGCAUAUAGUCCUCACAUGAAUUUAUUUCAAUGAUGUACUCAUACAUAUAUAUGUAUGUUUCUUUGAAUGAAAAAUAUUUCAAGAUUUUGAGGGGAGAAAAUAUUUAAGGAAAAAAAGAAAGUUUUUUUUCCCUUUCUGAGGAUCAGAAGAGGUUUGGAUUGGUGAAAUGGGUUUGCAAGAAACAGAAGGGAAAAUGGAGGGGUGGCUUUACCUGAUGAGGUUAAACAGGUUUGGACUGCAAUAUUCACGUAAAAGAUACUUCAUUCUUGAAGACAACUGCCUCAAGAGCUUCAAAUCCAUUCCCACUUCACCAAAAGAGGAACCAAUAAGAAGUGCAAUAAUAGACUCUUGCAUCCGUGUCACGGACAAUGGAAGAGAGAGCUUUCAUAGAAAAGUGUUCUUCAUUUUCACCUUGUAUAACACCUCUGAUCACAAUGAUCAGCUCAAGUUGGGAGCAUCCAGUCCAGAAGAGGCUGCCAGAUGGAUACAUUGUUUAAAGGAUCCUGCACUCAACCCGGAAAGAAGCUUACAUGCUCCUUCAAGAAGAAAAUGGCAACCUUUCAGGUUGAGCGUUUCAAAGAGGAUGGCCCAUAAGAGCUCCAUGGAUUCGACUGCUGCAUCUUCUAUGCAUGUGGAUGCAAUGACAUCUGAUGUUCUUGCUCCUUCUCCAUGGAAGAUAUUUGGCUGUCAAAAUGGCUUGCGGCUAUUUAAAGAAGCGAAGGACAAAGGUCCGAAUGGGAAGCAUCGGGAUGGUUCUCCAGCAGUAAUGGCGGUGGGUGUGAUUGAAGGAACAUCUGAAGCCAUUUUCCGCACACUCAUGUGUCUUGGUCCCUCAAGAUCAGAAUGGGACUUCUCUUUCUAUAGAGGCUGUGUGGUUGAGCACCUCGAUGGUCAUACAGAUAUAGUACACAUUCAACUAUACAACCAUUGGCUGCCAUGGGGAUCAAAAAGAAGAGACUUGCUCCUACGGCGUUACUGGAGAAGAGAGGAUGAUGGCACAUAUGUUAUUCUCUAUCAUUCUGUCAUCCACAGCAAGUGUCCGCCACAAAAUGGAUAUGUCCGUGCCUGCAUUAAAAGUGGUGGACAUGUUAUAACUCCAACCAAACAUGGUAAACCAUCUAUUGUAAAGCACAUGCUUGCUAUUGAUUGGAAGUUCUGGAAACCUUAUUUGAAGAAAGGGGCCUCAGUAUCCAUAACCAUCCGCGUACUCGAGAGAAUUGCUGCGCUAAGAGAGAUGUUCAGAGCAAAGGGAGGGAACUACUUCUCGGAGUUGUCACCAGCUGCGCUAACAAGGGAUAUUGAGCUGCCUGUUAGUGAAAAGGAAGAGAUCAAAACAGAAGUUGAUUAUAAAAUGAUCAAGGAUGACAAAGUGACAAAUGACGGAAAAAAUCCAGCAUCCUCAAAUCUCAUGGGAUUGGAUGAUGCAGCUGAUGAGUUUUAUGAUGUUCCUGAACCGUCAGACGACGAACAUUCAGACCAUGCUUGGACUUCCAAUGCAAGUCCAGAAGUGGGUUGUAUGGACUCUUACCACACAAAAUUGACCACUGCAAAUAUUGUGAAAAAAUUACAUGAUCUUGCAGUUCAGAAAAAAGGUUAUGUGGACUUGCAAGAAAUGGCUCGGGAAGAGAGUGUGUCAUUGUGCUAUGGAGCAACUCUUCCAAAAGAUCAAAAUUUUAAUAUGCCUUGCAGUUGGGCUGCUGCGGAUCCAUCAUCAUUUUUGAUUCGCGCUGAAAGCUACCUGGCAGACCAGGAAAAGGUUAAGGCAAAGAGUACCUUAAUGCAAAUGGUUGCAGCCGAUUGGUUAAGAUCUGACAGGCGUGAAGAUGACCUUGCCGGUCGCCCAGGAGGCAUAGUUCAGAGAUAUGCUGCUCAGGGUAGGCCGGAGUUCUUUUUUAUCAUCAACAUCCAGGUUCCAGGAGCAACCACUUAUAAUCUUGCUCUAUAUUACAUGUUGAGAUCUCCUUUGGAAGAAACACCCUUACUCGAGCGUUUUGUCAAUGGAGAUGAUUCUUUUAGGAAUUCAAGGUUUAAGCUCAUACCAUACAUAUCCAAGGGAUCCUGGAUAGUGAAGCAGAGCGUUGGUAAGAAAGCUUGCUUGGUCGGUCAAGCAUUGGAAGUGCAUUAUUUCCGGGGAAAAAAUUAUUUAGAGCUUGGCAUUGAUGUUGGAUCAUCAACAGUUGCAAGGGGUGUGGUCAGUCUUGUUCUUGGCUACUUAAACAAUCUUGUUAUUGAAAUGGCAUUUCUGAUACAGGGUAAUACACCAGAAGAACUCCCAGAAUUCCUUCUGGGGACUUGUCGGCUGAACCAUCUGGACGUUUCCAAAUCGAUUCCAACUGACUCCGUAAGCAUCAGCUAAACAAAAUUAUUAUUCAGACAAGUUGCUUUAAUGCAGGGGUUUAUUGAUUCAAAGUUCAAAUUGAUUAAUUCAUGUAUAGGCAUUCUUUUACAUCAAGUUAUACUUGAGUUUUGAAGUAUAUAUAAUCUUGAUUUUUAUUUGAAGGUGGGGGCUAUUCAAUCUGUAAAUGUUUCUCCUCAUCAAAUAAAACUUCCAUUCUUUGAAUA